AAAUGUUUAAAAAUUUAGUAUAUCACAAAAAUUUUUCUCACAAUCAUGGUUUCUUUUCCUCAUAGAGUCGAUCAAUCAUUUUUUAUAUCUUUUCAGAAAAGAGAACUAUGUUCAUAUGUAAAUAUAGAUGUAACAAAAUCAAUCUUAUUGUAUGGACCUUCUGGAACAGGAAAGACCUUUGCUGUCCAUAAUUUAAGUUCAAAAUAUGAAGCAAAGUUAUUCACUGUUACAAUUGGUGAUUUAGCUGCCGAAUUUUCUGCUGAACCAGAAAAAGGAUUGCGCCAUUAUCUUGAUCUUUCUUAUAAAAAUCAACCAAGUGUAUUGUUAUUGGAAAAUAUAGAAUUAAUUUUUCCAUUGGACAGUGGAUCUUUACUUUCAUUUUAUUUUCGUGAAUUGUUUAAUACGUGGAUUAAUGAUGAACAACGCGUUCUUCUUGUUGGAACUACAACUAAUAACUCGCAAAUUAAUCCUAUUAUCCGAUCAAUAUUUCAAGAUGAAAUCGAAUUUAAUAUUCCAACUCCUAUUCAAAGACUAGAAAUUUUAAAAUAUUGUCUUAAAGAUUUAAAUCUCGAAAAAAAUUUAAGUUUAAAGGAAAUAAAUAAUAGAUGUCACGGAUACGUAGCGGCUGAUAUUUCAACAUUAUGCCGAUUAGCUUUAGAACAGUGCGAUAUUAGAAGUAUUCAACAAACAGGUGAACCCGGAAACUUAUUAAUUUCAAAUGAAGAUAUUCAAAAGGGUUUUAAAGAAAUUAGAAUUAGUAGUUUACAAGAGAAAGCUAGCGUACAAAAAGUUGAAUCUGUUAAAUGGAGUGAUAUAGGUGGAUUGGAAGAAGCUAAGAGAAUACUAGAGGAAUCUGUUAUAUGGAUAUAUAAACAUGCUGAUGCAUUUCAACGUCUUGGAAUUAAACCAUCAAAAGGAGUUCUUUUAUAUGGACCACCAGGAACUGGAAAAACAUUGUUGGCGAAGGCAGUUGCAACAGAAUCAUCGGCUCAUUUUAUGCCAAUAUCAAUACCAGAACUAAUUAAGAGUGAGGUGGGUGAAUCAGAAAAGGCUAUUGCAAACGUUUUUCGAAUUGCGAUUCGAUGCUGUCCCUGUAUUAUUUUUUUGGAUGAAUUGGAGGCUAUGUUUGGUAAUAGAGAUUCAAGUGGAGAUUUAGGCAAAAAGUUAAUUUCGCAACUCCUAUUAGAAUUAGAUGGAUUAAAUGCUGCAGACAAAGGAGUCGUAAUUCUUGCUGCAACUAACAAUCCAGAAGCUAUAGAUCCUUCACUUUUAAGACCUGGUCGUCUUGAUAGACAUGUUUAUAUUAAAUCUCCAACUUUUGAAGAAAGGGCAUCAAUCCUUAAAGUAAUAGGCAAUACAAUGAAAUUUGCUCAAGAUAUAAAUAUCGAAGAAAUUGCUCAAAAAACUGAAAAUUAUACUGGAGCUGAUUUAAAAGCUUUAAUACAAAAAUCUGCUUUUUUGGCAUUUAAGAAAUAUCAUAAAAAUAAAUUUACAACCGAGAAAUAUAUUAGUCGUAAUGAUGUAUUAGAAGCGAUUGAGAAAAUCAACCCUUCGGUUUCUAUUUAUCAACUUGAAAGAUAUCAAAUAUUUUCCAACUCUAUACAGUAGUCAAAAAAUAGAUCCGAGGACGGUAGAUGUUGAUUGGUUUAAUUGGUAGGAUGCAUUUUAGUAUGGUCCAUUUUCCAUUCCACUCUUAAAAAGAGUACAAAUUUUCCUAAAUGUAUGUUGUAUAAUAUUAUUUCUUUCAAGAAAAAGGAUAACAAAUAUUUGGAUAAGCAGGAUAUUUAAACGAAGAAAGGAUUCUGUGAUUAUAUCGAAAUCAAAUUAUGGUUUAGAUCAUAUUCUUGUGACAUUUAAUAGUUUGAACCCCUGAAAGUUUUCCAUUUAUAGUUAAACUAGAUAAAAAAUUAUAUGUCGAUGCCAAAAAAAAAAAUUUUUGUAUAUAUAUAUAUAUACAUAUAUAUAAAUCAAUUAAAAAAAAG